AUUUUUGUGUGUGUAAAAUUGUAAUUUUUAUGAACUUGGCUCUUAUAUUUGAAAAUUUUAAUAGAAAAUUUGAAUUGUAAGUAGGUUCAAGGAAACCUGGAGACACUUGACAAUUAGAAUCUAAAUGCUAAAUAAUUUGGCUUCUAAAUCUGGAAUUUUUUGUUGUAAAUGAGAGGGGGGGGGGUAAGUUUCCGACAUCAUUUCCAAAAAGUGAUAUUUUUCUUGUAUAAGAGUCUGCAUAUUUAAUUUACCAAAAAUUUUACCAAAUACAAUAUAAUGUAAAGGUUUAGUCAAGAUAGUACUUUAAGAGGUACAUUUUCUUGAGGAAAUAACCCCCUUUCCCUGACCCCCUCAUCAAACAAGAAAGAUUAGAUUACAUGUAGUGUUUCCAGCGAACGAAAACUUUUGCGAUAAAAUAUGAAAAUUUUUGUUAGUGUUUCACAAAUUUUUUCGCUAAAUUGCGCAUUUUUUCGCGAAAAUGUUCACACUUUUCGCGAAAUUUUCGUGAAAUUUUCGCCGGAAACCCUUAAUACAGGGUUAGAAAUUUAAAAAAGGAUUCAAAUUUGCAUGGUACUAUCUAAUGUUUCCCCCCCCCCCUCUCUCAAGCUUUUAAAGUCAUUCACCCCGCCCAUAUAUCCCUCUUGUGCAUUAUUUAGCAUUUAAGUAUUUUGCCGAAGAAUUAAUUUGCAAUUAUUUUAAUUAGAUGAAUGUGAUUUUCAAAUUCUGUUCAUGGAUUGGAUAUUAAACUUUGUUUCCUGGAAUAGAGACGUUUCAUAGAAGAGGGUCGUUAAUUCUUAAAAGUAGUUUCGUAUUUUAAUCUGAAAAAGUGGUACCCAUGCAUCUGUGGAAUAAGACUAAUAAUAGCCCGGCUCAAUCAACACGAAUCAAAGAGAUUGUACACUGUUAAGUGUACAGUGUAGCAGAACCAUUUCAUUUAAUAAUUUGAUUUUCAAUGUCGUCUUUCUAGUCUACAGUUUUAGGGGUGACUGUUAUAAUUAUUUACAACUACUUUUUCGGGAAAUUUAAAAUUUUAUUUUGCCAAGGAUUCCCAUCACUACUGAGGGAACCUGUGGUCAGGUAAAUUUUUUAAUUUUUCCGAAAAUUUGUAAAUGUUAACAAUUUUAUCGUCUUUUAAGAUGUACAUUUUUACACGAAAAUUUCAAAAUUAAUAAAAUCAUCCUCUCUCUUAUAAAAUUACAAUUCAUGAUUAUUUAUCUGAUUCAACUAUUAAACUUUAUAUAUUUCAGAUGAGUAAAAUGUUAAGAUUUGUGGGGCUCGGGCUAAGGUUGGGGGUCUGUGGGGGCUCAGUUCUUUAUAUGCACGAGCAGGGCGUUUUUGGGGACAUUAAACAGGGAGUUGAAGCGUACAAGAAAUUAAAUUCUGUGACAAUAAAAGAUCUUGUUGGAGAGGAAAUUAGUUCCCAGCUUCCUUCUAUUCAGCUUCCUCAGGAGGUGGAGUCUGGUGUAAGUGCUGUAACAGAAACAACUUCUGAUAUAAAAAAGAAUUUCUGGUUCUACUGGAAUUGUGGUGUAAACAGUGUGUUCUCAGGACUAGUUAAUCUUCCCAGUACAACACUGCAGUACGCUAACCUUGCAGUACAGAAAAUUCAGGAUAGCAUCAAGGAAUAAAUUUGAGACAGACGGCAGCGGAGAUCUUACAGCUUUCUACAAACAUAUCACAGCUGUCCAAGCAUCUCACAGAUGUCAACAAACCUUUCACAGCUGUCAAAAAACAACUUACAGCUGUCAACAAGCAUCUCACAGUUGUCAACUAACUACUCACAGCUGUCAAUUGACAUCUCACCACUAUCCACAGACAUCUUAUGAUCUAACAGCUGUUAUCAGACAUCUACCAGUGGACAAAGUGUAGUGAUAUUCCAGUCAAAUUUUGUUUUAAAAUUAGUAAUAUAUAAAUUAGUGCAUUAUUUAUAAAAAAAAAAUUAAAUGAACUUAUAGUUUACAUGGUUUCAGAAAAA